UUAGUAAACAAACGAGGCCCGCUCUAUGUGUCCGUGCCGCCGCUGCGCUCUCCAGAGUUUUUCGCGAUGUCUUGUCCCGAUUUUGUGUGUGUUUUGUGGCCCCUGAUCGUUUCGCUCUUCGUGAGCUAUGCCGCCGGAUCUGGGAUACCUAUGUGGGAGUUCUUGGGCCGCGAUGAAAAAGUUAACCAUCUAUUCAAAAUGUUCGCUAACCAAGUGACCGUUUUCUGCACGGAGUCUUCGAUGCCCGACUGCAACAAAAGACUGUUGAUGUACGGAAGGUGGAAUCUGGAAAAAAUGGGAGACGAUCACCUUGAUGAAAUGGACCCUUAUCAAAGAGGAGCAACUAAGUUGAUAUGGGAUUCAAUGAUGAAGGGAUCAAUGAAGCCACAAUCUUCAACACUUGCCCCUCAAAACCCGAAUGCAGAUCCACUUGAGUCAACCCCAGAUGGCAAUCAACUAGGAGCUGCUUCGACUAACGUUGAAGAAAUAGCCAAUCCUGACGGUUAUAUGAUUGAAGGCCCGAUGGUGGUUAGAGUUUUACCAGAUGGCAGACCAGUUCCGGAGGAUAAAAAUCGACCUCUGCCACAAGACGAAGACGCUCAAGAAUAUAUAUCCAUGAGAUCGAAGCCCGCGCCAUCUUUAAAUGAGAUCCUCAAGGCCAAAUUUACCUCUUUCCAGGAUUCUCAGCCAGUCAAAAGUCAGAACUGAGAGACUUCAAUUUCUGUAAAUAUUUGUAUAGUCUGGCUUUCAAAUUGUGAUAAUAAUCAACAAAGAUUUGUUAUUUAUUGAUCCAAACGAUUAAGUGGAAUGUACAUAAACCGUGUCGAGUGUUAUUUAUGCAAUUUUUUUUUUAUAAUUUAUUUAAUUUAUUUGAUUACCUCAUUGGAUGUCAUGAUUUAAUAAAAGAGGAAAUUUUUGAAGCAGCCUUAAAAAUGCCCUGCUCUCUAAAACAGGACGGAUUUGAUUUGACCGAAAUCUGCCUAACUACAUCAAACGUUGCCUGAUUUCCUUUUUUAAGAUUUUUCUUUCUCUUGAAAUAGAAAACUAAGUAUCAACUUGAAAGUUCUAACUUGAGUUUAGUUCUAAGUUCUAACUUGAAAUUUGGUUGGAUGCCUGCAGUAACCAAGAGCAAAUUCAUAGAAAGUUUCAAAGCAUUUUGUUAUUUCAUUUUCUGAUAACAAAAUAAAACAGCUAGAGAAUGAGAAACAACUUAAUCAGCCAAAAUACACAUAAUAAAAGAGUAAUUGCGAGACCGAGACCGUCUCGGUCUCCCAAUUACAGCGGAGCGACGGCUCGUUUUUGUUUUUAAUUUAUUUUCCGGUUGAUAAUGAAAUUGUUAUUAUUUUGAAACGUUCUGGGUUUUGUUUAUUCCUUUUUCUUUAUUUGCAGCCUUUUCCCCAAAUUAAGUUGUUCUUUUAAAACAGCUAGGAGAGAAAAUUAGGUAACAAUAAAUGCAGUCGGGCUGACUCUGGUUAAACUCAGCCAAAUAAUAAACAUCAUUCAAAGUGAUCCCAACAAUAGCUUCAACAUAGCUAAAUCUGAGCUGUGAAACAUUUCGUGUUGUGAAAGAAAUUCUACUGUAAUAGAGAUAAUUGGUUUCUUCGUGAAAAAUAUUUUAACUGAAAAGUAAAAAAAAUUAUACUUAUGUGAAUUUGAAUGCAAAUGAAAAUUUAUCGAUGUGAAGUCCGCACAUAUUGACAGAAAAAAAGAAGACAAACCAGGCUGGGUCUUCCCUCAGAAUGGAGAAUUUUCCUCACACUUUUGAAUCCGAAGUGAGAUUUAUUUAUUCUAGGAUUAGUGGUAUGUAAAUAUAUAGUGAGAGUAAGUAUUGAGAGUGAUUCUUCCAAAGGCAUUUAUUAAUGCAAUGAUCAGUUUCUGUGAAAAAUAUUGAUAAUCGUCAUUAAUGGAGUAAUUCUCUCUUUCCUUUCUAAUUACGAUUUUUAUACUUCGUAUUUAUUUAUUUAUUAAUUUAUUUUUUAUUUUUCCUUUUUGUACUUCUUCAUGCAAGACUAUUUGUUGUCUCUUUUUUGCAUACAUAUGUUUUUCUUUGGAAUAAAGUUUAUUUAUUUAAAAAUAAAUAGAAGACAAAAUU